AUGCACCAGACGGCCGCAACCGCUCGCGAAGCCCACGACGAGAUCGCGGGGGAGGACGAGGCGGCUAUCGCAACCGCUCACCUCCCGGCCGUGGCGGCGAUAGAGACAGAGAUCGUAGGGACAGGGGCGACAGGGACGGCGACCGCGCCGGAGACAGACGGCAUGAUCGCGACAGGGACUCACGCGACUCUCACUCCAACCGUGAGCCACCCAAGGGACCUCGCGGCGCACCUUCAGGUCCUAGGCGAGAUCUCAACUCUGGUGGGGCCCCCCAAGCCUCCGACAGGCCCGCGUGGAGCUGCCAGCCCUGGAGAGGACGAGGACGUCAAGAUGGAAGAGCAACCACAGCGGGAGCGACCCGAGGGCAUGGACGAUGACACGUGGGAGAUGGCGCGGGUCAUGGGCUUUGCGCGCUUCAAGAGUACGAAGAACACGAAGGUGCCUGGCAACGACUUGAAUUACGGGGUGAGAAGGGAGAAGAAGAUGGAGGCACGACAGUACAUGAACCGCCAAGGUGGAUUCAACAGGCCGCUUUCGCCGUCGCAUGGUUGA